AGGGCGUGCUGAAUGAUCAUUAUACCUUACAUUCUUUGCGACAGCAGUAGAAGUUGAGUACCUGCCGUAGUUAUUUCCUAGAAGGCCCUUUACUUCCGAGUUACAGCUUCGUAGAGGAUAGAUCCCAAUCUACACCCACCAGAGAAAUAAUGUUGUUCGCUUCUCCCGUCCGUUCUACCGCAGCGGUUGCGGCUGUUGCUUUAUCGUCCUUCUGGACCAGCAGUUCCUUUUUGCAAUUCGUUGCAGCAGACGCAGAUGCCGAGCUCGAUGCCUUGGAUGACGAGACUGCCUCUCCAGAACCCUCAUCUGAUGGCAGUGCUCUUGUCCUCACCGAUGCCACGUUCAAAGCAACGGUGGACAAGGGCGAACCGGUUUUUGUGAAAUUCUACGCGCCGUGGUGCGGGCACUGCAAAUCCAUGGCGCCAGCGUGGGAGGCACUGGCAGCAGAGUCGCCGAUCGCGGUCGCCAAGGUGGAUGCCACAGUUGAGCGGGAAACAGCGACUCUGAUGAAGAUCCGGGGAUUUCCUUAUGUUCCAGAUUGUUGAUAACGAGACGGCUUCGUCACUGUUUUACUGGACCUCUAAUCAUUCGAAUAAGCAGUGACUUCUAAUUGAUGGAUUCAUCAAUGAUCUACGAAAAAAUUGAGGCAAUUCGAGAGAGAGAAUGUACAGCCAAUAAGUACAAUACUUCUCAUCUAAUUCAUGACGCUUUACCUGUUCGCCAAUGGAAACCAGAUGUACGCUUACAACGGACCGAGAACCAAGGAUCCGAUGCUCGAAUUCGCCAAUGGUAAUCAAUACAGACCGAUAUUGUACGUGUGACUUUUUUCUUCCAGGAGAUGGUAUUGUUUUCAAUCCGGCAUGGAUUUAUUCCGUACUCAAAGACCAGUUGCUCCCCGCGGCUUUCUUAGAUAUGCAAGCUAGUACUACUCAUUUACAUGAUUUUGAUUUUUCGUAACGAACUUGAUGUGCCUAAGUAGGUGAGUGAAGCAGCACAACAAACUGCACAACAUACUUCCUAGGUGGAUACCUCUCCGCAAGCCCGAAGAACGUGCCGUGGAAUGAGACUUUCAUGGACCGUGCUCAAGAACACGUCUUGGAAUACUUCCAGAAGGGUAUUAUUACUAGUACUCUCGCUCUCUUUUGAAAGAUUGAUCAAAAUGUUGUAGAUUUGAAGACAAUUUCUGCAAGAACAGGUUUUCGACUUUCCCAUCAAUUUCACAUGUUCAUAGAAGUACUUUCAUCACAAGGAUGGAUUAAUUUCUAGAACUUGUGUAGAUGAUCAAUCGUCGAUGAGCUCUUUGAUCUUUGAAUACAAAACCUACAAUUCAGUCGGCCAAAUUAUGGCGUUCGAGCCAACGAUCUUGCCGUUAGCGUUUAUGCUGGGAGCGAUCGUUUCGGCAGCCUUGUGCAUUUGCUUGUGCUCGAGCGCUCCUCCGAUGCCGGUUCCGGUCAGCAAGAAGGAAGUGAAGGCAGAAUAAAGAAAUAGUAGCGCUUUCUGGAAGGAGUUGAGAAGAAUGAAGGGGAGAAGGCGAGUCCAUGUAUUGGCUCGGAAGAGGAGUAGCCUGUGCCUUGUGGGGCGAAGACAUCACUGGGCGUGGACGCGACGUUGACGUGUGCAUGCUAGCAGUUCCUACUAUAAGGACGACAGCAUGUUGAGGAGUUUGUUUCGUAGCAGGGGCUUAGUUCGUCUUUAUCCUUUUGACGAAAGUAGGGAUGGCUGUUCGCUUUUCCUGCUGCAGAAAGGUAGUGAGAAGCACGGUGAAGGCCAGUCAGAUAACGUAGAAGCAAUACGAGGACGAUGGCAUGAAGUGCAAGUAUUGGAGAUGUUCACAGAACUGCGGGUUUUCUCAGCCGAUUUGUACCACAAGGAAGCAUUUUUAUUGCUCUGGCAUUCACAAUUUCUAUUUCACAAUCUAUUCACUCUUUUCUCACAUGGACAACAUCCAGUGUUGGACAUUGAAUUUGUACAAGAUCAAACUUCAAGAGACGAUUUCCUUCCCGGAAAUCAGUGUCUCCCCAGAAACAAAGUGGCGAUGACACCCACCCAUCCAUAACUGUACCACAUCCAUGCAUGCCUGCGAAGCAUAUGGAACACUUGCAUGAGGUCGAUUAGUAGAUCAUCCGGAGCAUGGUCAGCGGCAGGAACGAUAUGCCGCGGACGUGUGCGCUUAUGUAUUGGAAAAGGCCUGCAAAAUGUCGGAG